AUGGCCUCAUUACCAACCAUUGCAAUUCUCAUUUCUGGUUCCGGCUCCAAUUUGCAAGCUCUCAUUGACGCCACACAAUCCGGCAAACUUCGCGCCAACAUUGUUGUUGUGGGUUCGAAUCGCAAAGCAGCAUACGGUCUUGAACGCGCAAACAAGGCCGGCAUCCCGACCCGAACAUUCUCACUCAAACAAUUCAAGGAUCAAGGCAAAACACGCGUCGACUUUGACAUUUACGUUGCCAAGACGAUACAAGAAGAAUACAAGCCAGACUUGGUGGUCUUGGCUGGAUUUAUGCAUAUCCUGUCACCCGAAUUCUUGUCUUUCUUUCCACAAAACAAUGUCAUGAACUUGCACCCGGCUUUACCGGGUCAGUUUGAUGGUGCCCAUGCGAUUGAACGCGCCUAUGACGCUUUCAAAAAGGGCGAUAUUCAGCAUACUGGUGUCAUGGUUCACAAGGUCAUUGCCGACGUCGAUCGUGGCCAGGUUAUCUUGCAACGGAACAUCCCGAUCGAAAAAGACGAUACCUUGGAAGAUCUUGAGAAAAGAAUACAUAGUGUGGAACAUGAAAUCAUUGUAGAAGGAGCACAAAAGUUUUUGGAUGAAUUAACUGCUAGUGAAUAA